UUUAAAAACAUGGCUGACCCUUCCGGGAAUCUGUAUCCUCCCUGGGCCCAAACUCCAUGUCUUUAAAAGAGGAUCGAGCGGCCACCGAGUCUGACCUCUUCCUGAGAACUGAGCCUCAGAGUCGAGACUCGCCGGAGCUUUAGUUUCGCCGUUUACGAUCCGAUGGAGAUCGCGCCGGCGGUGCUGGAAGCCAAGGCCAACGAGAACGACAACCCCACCACCGUCUCUGUCGACAGCCUCAAAGCUUCUUCUUCGUCGUUAUCAUCGCCUCGCAGCUCGCCGGAAGAUGAAACGAGAUCCCCAGGGAAAUAUGACGAGGAGGAGGACGAGGGGGACGUUUGCCGCAUCUGCCGAAAUCCCGGUGACGCAGAGAACCCGCUCCGGUACCCUUGUGCGUGUAGCGGUAGCAUAAAGUUUGUUCAUCAGGAUUGUCUCCUUCAGUGGCUCAAUCACAGCAACGCUCGUCAAUGCGAGGUUUGCAAAUAUGCAUUUUCGUUCUCCCCUGUGUAUGCUGAAAAUGCUCCAGCAAGGCUUCCUUUUCAGGAGUUUGUAGUUGGAAUGGCAAUGAAAGCUUGCCAUGUUCUGCAAUUCUUUUUGCGCCUUAGUUUUGUACUUUCUGUUUGGCUCCUUAUCAUACCCUUCAUUACAUUUUGGAUAUGGCGAUUUUCUUUUGUGAGGAGCUUUGGUGAAGCCCAGAGAUUGUUCUUGAGUCAUUUAUCUACUACAGUUAUUCUUACUGAUUGUCUACAUGGAUUCCUGCUAUCUGCAAGCAUUGUUUUCAUAUUUCUUGGAGCCACUUCUUUGAGGGAUUAUGUUAGACAUUUAAGAGAGCUUGGGGGACCAGAUGCAGAAAGGGAAGAUGAAGGUGAAAGAAAUCCUCGUGCUGCAAGAAGACCUCCUGGACAAGCUAAUAGGAAUUUUGCGAGGGAAGGAAAUGGUGAAGAUGCUGGUGGAGCCCAGGGAAUUGCUGGAGCAGGGCAACUAGAUGGAAGGAACCCAGACAAUGUUGCUGUCCGGUGGGAGAUGCAGGCAGCUCGCCUUGAAGCUCACGUUGAACAGAUGUUUGAUGGUCUUGAUGAUGCUGAUGGUGCAGAGGAUGUGCCCUUUGAUGAGCUUGUUGGCAUGCAAGGGCCUGUUUUUCAUUUGGUUGAAAAUGCUUUUACUGUUCUGGCAAGCAAUAUGAUAUUCCUUGGCGUUGUGAUCUUUUUGCCCUUUUCAUUAGGUCGGGUUAUACUCCAUUAUAUAUCGUGGCUUUUCUCUUCUGCUACUGGUCCAGUAUUGUCAACAUUCAUGCCACUUACAGAGUCAGCCCUCUCCUUAGCAAAUAUUACACUGAAGAAUGCAUUAACUGCUGUAACUGAUCUGUCAUCUGAAAGCCAAGAAAAUGGGCUGCUCGGUCAGGUCGCAGAAAUGUUAAAAGUAAACACAAGUGGAUUAAAUGAAACCUCGAACAACAUUAGCAUGCCCCUGUCAGCAGAUUUCUUGAAAGGGGCAACUAUUGGAACAUCACGACUUUCUGAUGUAACAACGCUUGCUAUUGGAUACAUGUUUGUUUUCUCCCUAAUCUUCUUCUACCUCGGCAUUGUUGCUUUAAUUCGGUAUACUAAAGGUGAACCUUUGACCAUGGGGAGGUUCUAUGGUAUCUCUUCAAUAGCAGAGACAAUCCCAUCCCUUUUCAGGCAGUUCUUGGCAGCAAUGAGGCACUUAAUGACUAUGAUUAAAGUUGCUUUCCUUCUGGUCAUUGAGCUGGGGGUAUUUCCUUUAAUGUGUGGCUGGUGGCUGGAUGUUUGUACCAUAAGAAUGUUCGGGAAGACUCUUUCUCAAAGAGUCCAAUUCUUUUCAGUUUCUCCCCUGGCGAGUUCAUUAGUUCAUUGGAUUGUUGGGAUCGUGUACAUGCUACAAAUAAGCAUCUUUGUCAGCCUUCUUCGUGGGGUUUUGCGUAAUGGAGUUCUGUACUUUCUUCGAGAUCCAGCUGAUCCAAACUAUAAUCCCUUUCGUGAUCUAAUUGAUGAUCCUGCACAUAAGCAUGCUCGCAGGGUUCUGUUAUCUGUUGCUGUCUAUGGGAGUUUAAUAGUGAUGCUGGUAUUUUUACCAGUCAAACUUGCCAUGAGAUUGGCUCCCUCCAUUUUUCCGCUUGAUAUUGUUGUCUCCGACCCAUUUACUGAGAUUCCUGCUGAUAUGCUUCUCUUCCAAAUUUGCAUUCCAUUUGCUAUUGAGCAUUUUAAAUUGCGGACAACGAUCAAAUCCUUUCUCCACUAUUGGUUUACUGCAGUUGGCUGGGCACUUGGCUUAACAGAUUUCUUACUGCCUAGACCUGAUGACAAUGGUGGACAGGAAAAUGCAAAUGGGGAACCAGUAAGGCAGGCCCUUUAUGCAGUACCAGUAGAUGAAAUUGCACAACAGGAUCAGCCACUAGGGGUACUUGAAGCUGUCGAUGAUUUAAAUGGAAGCAUUCAUGCAUCAGGGAAUUCUAAUAUCACAGAUGAGUAUGAUGCUGAUGAUCAAUCUGAUUCAGACAGGUACGGCUUUGUGCUUCGUAUUGUCCUUUUGUUGGUGGUGGCUUGGAUGACUCUACUUAUCUUUAACUCCGCCUUGAUAGUUGUACCUAUUUCACUUGGACGAGCGCUCUUCAAUGGCAUUCCUCUUCUCCCAAUAACUCAUGGCAUCAAGUGCAAUGAUUUAUAUUCUUUCAUCAUUGGAAGCUAUGUCAUUUGGACUGCUCUAGCUGGAGUCAGGUAUUCCAUUGAGCACAUCAAAACAAGGAGGGCUGUAGUUCUGUUGAGCCAAAUGUGGAAGUGGUGUGUCAUUGUUAUUAAGAGUUCUGUUCUGUUGUCAAUAUGGAUAUUUGUCAUCCCAGUAUUAAUUGGACUGCUGUUUGAGCUUCUGGUAAUUGUGCCAAUGCGGGUGCCUGUGGAUGAAAGCCCUGUGUUCCUCUUGUAUCAGGACUGGGCAUUGGGACUCAUCUUUCUUAAGAUCUGGACUAGACUGGUUAUGUUGGAUCAUAUGAUGCCCUUGGUGGAUGAGAGUUGGCGAAUAAAAUUUGAAAGAGUGAGAGAAGAUGGUUUCUCCAGGCUGCAGGGCCUUUGGGUGCUAAGGGAGAUUGUGUUCCCAAUCAUAAUGAAGCUGCUGACAGCCCUGUGUGUUCCUUACGUUUUAGCCAGAGGGGUGUUCCCUGUGCUUGGGUAUCCACUAGUAGUUAACUCGGCUGUCUAUAGGUUUGCUUGGCUGGGUUGCCUCUGCUUCAGCCUGUUGUGCUUUUGUGCCAAGCGAUUCCAUGUAUGGUUCACCAACCUCCACAAUUCAAUACGUGAUGAUCGCUAUUUGAUUGGCCGUAGGCUUCAUAACUAUGGAGAGGACACAGAAGGCAAGCAAAAUGAGGUUGAAGAUAUUCCCUCGGAAACACAAAGUGCUAAUUUGCAUGGCACUGCUUUAAUUCGACAUGACAGAGAAGCUGACAUAGGAAUGAGGCUGAGGCGUGCUAAUCGACAUGAUGCCUAAACUUACGGGGAAAGGAUGUGCAGCCGGUUUUGGUAAGAGGUUGAGGCUGUUAUGUUGUGGACGUAAACACCACAACAGGUCAACAGGUCUUAUAUCCACCACAAUAGGUCGUAUAUCUACUCUCUGGCUGGUGUCUAUAAUGCACUCCGUUAACUUAGUGGUAUUCUGUAUUGUGCAUAUAAAAUGGGAAGCUUAGUAAGCAGGAGGGAGGAACAAAUGAAAUAUUGUUUGUUUAUAGAAAAAAAAUGUUGAUCACGUGUAUUAUUGUUCUGAAAUAUUUGUUCGAAUUGCAUAUCUGUAUGUGUUAGCGAGA